GGGCGGAUCAAAAAAAAAAAAAAGUAGUUCCAGUUGGUGGGUCGUCUCAAUUCUACACCAAGAGAGAAGAAGUAAAGACAAGUCUUUUAGAGAGAGAAAGUCCAUCCUACAAAGAUUAUACUGCUGUUCCUUUUCCUUUUUCUCUGUUCUACUGCCAUAGAUUCAAUUUUCAGAGGGAACCCAAAAUUUCAAAGCUAAUUUCUGCUCUGUCACUGUUUCUCUCUUAAUUAGAGCUGUCUGCCAAGUGGGUCGGCGUUGAAUCGGGCAAGAAACUGAUUUUUGGAUCUGUUUGAGCGGUUUAUUGAGCCGAGUUGACUCGGGACUCGAAAUGGGUACGAAUUUAGCUUAACUGUUUUGGCUGAAGAAAAGAAAGAGCGCAAUGUCUUGGAAAAGUAGAGGAUUAGAGUCGAGCUCAAAGAGUGUGAUGUCUCGAAAAUUGACUCUUUUGCUUUGUUUUGGAUGCUUCUGUGCUGGAAUGCUCUUCACAGACCGGAUGUGGGCAGUGCCAGAAGUUAAAGGCAUAUCAAGGAGAAUGGCGACAGAAGAUGAAAGGUUAAAGUUAGUCUCAGAGGGCUGUGAUCCCAGAAUAAAGGGAGAAAGGAAAGAGUCGAAGGACAUCCUAGGGGAGGUUUCAAAGACACAUAAUGCCAUUCAGACACUUGAUAAAACGAUUUCGAAUUUGGAGAUGGAAUUAGCUGCUGCAAGGGCUGUGCAGGAUUCGAUACUUGGUGGCUCCCCCAUUUCUGGAGGCUCGAGCAUUUCUGAACCUAUUAGGAAGCGAAAAUAUCUGAUGGUCAUAGGUAUUAACACUGCUUUUAGCAGCCGAAAGAGAAGAGACUCGGUCCGUGCUACUUGGAUGCCACAAGGUGAUAAAAGAAUGAAGCUUGAGGAAGAAAAGGGCAUCGUAGUUCGAUUUGUAAUUGGUCACAGUGCUACAUCAGGUGGUAUUCUUGAUAGAGCUAUUGAAGCAGAAGACAAGAAGCACGGAGACCUACUGAGGCUGGAACAUGUUGAGGGGUACCUUGAACUUUCAGCCAAGACGAAGAUCUUUUUCGCUACUGCUGUUUCUAUGUGGGAUGCAGAUUUCUAUGUCAAAGUUGAUGAUGACGUUCAUGUAAAUAUAGCAACAUUAGGAACAACUUUAGCAAGGCAUCGGUCAAAACCUCUGGCGUACAUUGGAUGCAUGAAAUCCGGCCCAGUCCUAGCUCAAAAGUACGCCAUGCUUCUCUCCUCAUCAACUCAUUCUUGCUUCUUGUUUCUAACUUGCUUUCUGGUAAACAGGGGAGUGAGAUAUCAUGAACCUGAAUACUGGAAAUUUGGUGAGGAGGGAAAUAAGUAUUUCCGGCAUGCUACCGGGCAGCUAUAUGCUAUUUCGAAAGAUCUGGCUACCUAUGUAUCAAUAAACCAGCACGUGCUACACAAGUAUGCUAAUGAAGACGUUUCACUGGGAUCUUGGUUUAUUGGCCUGGAUGUGGAGCAUAUCGACGACCGGAGAUUAUGUUGCGGAACCCCACCUGAUUGUGAAUGGAAGGCUCAGGCGGGCAACAUCUGUGUCGCUUCCUUCGAUUGGAGCUGCAGUGGGAUUUGCAAAUCCGUCGAGAGAAUCAAGGAGGUUCACCGCCGGUGUGGAGAAGGCGAGAAUGCUUUGUGGAGUGCAGCUUUUUAAUUGAACACAUGUCGUUUCUUCCAACCUCUGGAGGAAUCAUAUAGAACUGUAUGUAUCAUCAAACCGUAAAAUGGGAGAGAGAGAUGCUGGGAGUUUUCUCCAUUUUAGCUGAGGAGAGAGGGAGCCCUGCAGCAGCAGAAUAGGCUGUAUAAAAUUAAGCACAAUUCAUUGGUUUACAACUGGAUGCCCAUGAUAAAGGUUUCCUAAUAAGAGGGAUAUUCUGCCUUUUGCUUCC